GGGUGGGGGAUUACACAUCUUGUGCACAAACAGGAUCAGCGGAAUUUAGAGUCGAGUGGCUUUCAAUCACAAAAGGGGGAAGCUUUGAAAUCCCCUGAAGAUGGCCAAUAUGGGAUCUGAAAUCGUUGCCUUCAUCUUGGCGGUGUGCGGCUGGAUCCUGGUGUGCUCCACUCUGCCCACAGACUACUGGAAGGUGUCUUCCAUCGACGGGACAGUGAUCACUACAGCCACUUACUGGGCCAACCUCUGGAAAACCUGUGUGACAGAUUCCACUGGAGUCUCCAACUGUAAGGACUUCCCCUCCAUGCUGGCGCUGGACGCUUAUAUCCAGGUCUGCCGAGGUCUCAUGAUUGCUGCUGUUUGCCUGGGUUUUUUUGGUUCCAUAAUUGUACUGGUGGGGAUGAAGUGCACAAAAGUUGGAGGUACAGAAAGGACAAAUGGAAAAAUCACCUUUUGUGGGGGAAUAUCGUACAUCCUUUCUGGGCUGUCUUCUGUAAUUGCUUAUUCAUGGUAUGCAAAUCGAAUUACUGCAGAAUUCUUUGAUCCCUUGUAUAUAGAACAAAAAUAUGAAUUAGGAGCUGCCUUAUUUAUUGGCUGGGCUGGAUCUUCACUUUCUAUAUUAGGAGGAGCAAUAUUUUGUUUUUCUCUGUCAGAGCCUAAACAGCCUCCAAGGUUGGGUUAUGGAACUGCAGCAUCAGUCUUUUCUUCACGGACAAAGGCAUACAAGGAUGCAGGAGAUGUGAGGUCCGCAAAGAGCACAGCAAUCCCACCAAAACAAUUUGAUAAGAAUGUAUAUGUUUAAGAAAAUGAUCACACUCAAACCAUAUAUAUAUAUAGAUAAGACUGCUUUAAUCAAAUUCAGUUUAUUGACAAAUUUGCUUUUGUUCACAGGAUGUGAAUUUUUCAUUUAUUUUUUGCUGUAAUUCCCAAAUCAACGAUUACCUCUGACUCUUCCAUUUUCGCUAAUUAUCUUUUGUGCAGACCCUUAUCAAAUGCCUUCUAAAAGUCCAUAUGAACGACAUCCAUAGACACUCUCUUAUCUACCCUUUGUAGAUACGAGAGUGUUUAUGAAUGUUGUUUAUAUAGACUUUAUAUGGUCAUUUAUAUGGAUUUUGACUACUGUAUUGGCUAUGAUUAAUGAUUUUAGUGCUAAAUGAAAAACUAAUUUGUUUAAAUCUUUGGAGGAAUGUUGGCUGGUUAUUUGAGGAAUGCAAUUACCUAGUUAAAAGACAGGCAUUAAAUAUUUACCAGCUGCAUUGAAUAUCUAGCAUAGCAGACAAUUUGAAAUCAAUCAUGCUGUAACAGAUGUUCCAAAAUAAAUAAAAUUACUUUAAGAA